GUCUUGUUAACAAAGGGACACAACGGUCCCAGGGUUCCUUCUUCUUUCCAAUCAAGAGCUCAGGGUGGGAGUGUGCUGGGGAUGCUUUGGGGGUCUCAAGCUCCCAGCUCCCAAAGGCCCCUGCCUCUGUGCCCUCUGAGGUCUGUCCAGAUGGGAGCUGGCUCCUUCAGAAAGGGGGCUCAGAACAGGGUGUGGGGAGCUAUCUCUCUCUGUCUCCCCCCACCACAUCUGCCUACAGGGCUGGGAGCCCCCACGAGCCAGUGGUCCUGAGCCUUCUGAAGUUAGGAUUCUGCCUGGCGGCGGGGAUCCUGACAUCAAGGAUGGGACACCCCAGCUGGAGGUUCCUGGGGCCUGGCCCCCAACACUAUGAGGAGUCUUUGCUGAGGCCAUGAGGGGUUACCAUGGCGACCGAGGCAGCCAUCCCCGCCCAGCCCGCUUUGCUGACCAACAGCAUAUGGACGUGGGCCCAGCUGCCAGGGCCCCGUACCUGCUGGGCUCCAGGGAGGCCUUCUCCACUGAGCCCCGCUUCUGUGCCCCGAGAGCCGGCCUGGGGCACCUUUCUCCUGAAGGACCCCAGAGCCUGAGUGAGGGGCCAUCGGUAGGCCCUGAGGGAGGGCCAGGGGGGCCUGGGGUUGGGGGGGGCAGCAGCACCUUCCCCAGGAUGUACCCUGGCCAGGGUCCUUUUGACACCUGUGAAGACUGUGUGGGCCACCCACAGGGCAAGGGUGCCCCCCGCCUGCCUCCUACCCUCCUGGAUCAGUUUGAGAAGCAGUUGCCAGUUCAGCAAGAUGGCUUCCACACGCUGCCAUACCAGCGAGGGCCAGCAGGGGCGGGGCCUGGGCCAGGGCCGGGGUCUGGCGCUGCCCCUGAGCCCCGCAGCGAGAGUCCCAGCCGCAUCCGGCACUUGGUUCACUCUGUGCAGAAGCUCUUCGCCAAGUCCCACUCUCUGGAGGCUCCGGGGAAGCGGGACUACAAUGGGCCGAAGGCUGAGGGAAGAGGUGGCUCUGGAGACAGCUAUCCUGGCCCGGGCUCUGGAGGCCCCCACUCCUCCCACCACCACCACCACCAUCACCAUCACCACCACCACCAGUCCCGGCACGGCAAGAGGAGCAAGAGCAAGGACCGCAAGGGAGAUGGGCGGCACCAGGCUAAGUCCACGGGCUGGUGGAGCUCCGAUGACAACUUGGACAGUGAUAGCGGCUUCCUGGCGGGUGGGAGGCCCCCUGGGGAUCCUGGUGGUCCCUUCUGUCUGGAGGCUCCAGAUGGGUCCUACCGAGACUUGAGCUUCAAGGGGCGCUCGGGGGGGUCAGAAGGUCGCUGCCUUGCCUGCACUGGCAUGUCCAUGUCACUGGAUGGACAGUCGGUCAAGCGAAGUGCCUGGCAUACCAUGAUGGUCAGCCAGGGCCGGGAUGGAUACCCAGGGGCUGGGCCAGGCAAGGGGCUCCUGGGUCCGGAGGCCAAGGCCAAAGCCAGGACUUAUCACUAUCUGCAGGUGCCGCAAGAUGACUGGGGGGGUUACCCCACUGGUGGCAAGGAUGGGGAGAUCCCCUGCCGUAGGAUGCGAAGCGGCAGCUACAUCAAAGCCAUGGGGGAUGAGGAGAGUGGAGACUCAGACGGCAGCCCCAAGACAUCUCCCAAAGCAGUGGCCCGACGCUUCACUUCCCGCCGCUCCUCCAGCGUGGACCAGGCUAGGAUCAACUGCUGUGUCCCUCCCCGGAUCCACCCCCGGAGCUCCAUCCCUGGCUAUACCCGUUCCCUCACCACCGGACAGCUCAGCGAGGAGUUGAACCAGCAGCUGGAGGCCGUGUGCGGGUCCGUGUUAGGGGAGCUCGAGUCCCAGGCCGUGGACGCCCUGGACCUGCCCGGCUGUUUCCGCAUGCGGAGCCACAGCUACCUCCGGGCCAUUCAGGCCGGCUGCUCUCAAGACGACGACUGCCUGCCCCUCCUUGCUGCCCCUGCCUCUGUCUCAGGGAGGCCCGGCUCCUCCUUCAACUUCAGAAAGGCCCCGCCCCCCAUCCCGCCGGGAAGCCAGGCCCCGCCCCGCAUCUCCAUCACGGCCCAGAGCAGCACCGACUCCGCGCACGAGAGCUUCUCCGCGGCCGAGGGCCCCGCCCGGCGCUGCAGCUCCGCCGACGGGCUGGACGGCCCCGCCAUGGGCGCGCGCACCCUGGAGUUGGCGCCGGUGCCGCCCCGGGCCAGCCCCAAGCCCCCCACACUCAUCAUCAAGACCAUCCCCGGCAGGGAGGAGCUGCGGAGCCUGGCGCGGCAGCGGAAGUGGCGGCCGUCCAUUGGGGUGCAGGUGGAGACUAUCUCGGACUCUGACACCGAGAACAGGAGCCGAAGAGAGUUCCACUCCAUCGGCGUGCAGGUGGAAGAGGACAAGAGGCGUGCGAGGUUCAAGCGCUCCAACAGCGUGACAGCUGGCGUGCAGGCAGACCUGGAGCUGGAGGGCCUGGCAGGCCUAGCCACGGUGGCCACAGAAGACAAGGCCCUGCAGUUUGGACGCUCCUUCCAGAGGCACGCCUCUGAGCCCCAGCCUGGGCCCCGGGCCCCCACCUACUCAGUCUUCCGCACGGUCCACACGCAGGGCCAAUGGGCCUACCGCGAGGGCUACCCACUGCCGUAUGAGCCGCCGGCCACCGAUGGGGCGCCCGGCCCCGUCCCCGCCCCCACCCCUGGCCCCGGGGCCGGCCGCCGUGACUCCUGGAUCGAGCGCGGUUCACGCAGCCUCCCCGACUCAGGCCGCACGUCCCCCUGCCCACGGGACGGCGAGUGGUUCAUCAAGAUGCUGCGGGCAGAGGUGGAGAAGCUGGAGCACUGGUGCCAGCAGAUGGAGCGCGAGGCGGAGGACUAUGAGCUGCCCGAGGAGAUCCUGGAGAAGAUCCGCAGUGCUGUGGGCAGCACACAACUUCUCCUAUCCCAGAAGGUUCAGCAGUUCUUCCGGCUGUGUCAGCAAAGCAUGGACCCCACUGCGUUCCCCGUGCCCACCUUCCAGGACCUGGCGGGUUUCUGGGACCUCCUGCAGCUCUCCAUCGAGGAUGUCACCCUCAAGUUCCUGGAGCUACAGCAACUCAAGGCCAACAGCUGGAAACUCCUGGAACCUAAGGAGGAGAAGAAGGUCCCUCCGCCGAUACCAAAGAAGCCCUUGCGGGGACGGGGCGUGCCGGUGAAGGAGCGCUCCCUGGACUCCGUGGACCGGCAUCCUCCCAGGGUUCCCCCAGAGAGGGAAGCACAGAGCUCUCGGGGCGCACCGUAA